ACUUCAUCCAGUCUAAAACACACUUCGUAAUACAAAACACGUAAAGGUCACUGUGAUACGUACUUUGAUAAAACCGCAGUACACAUUGAAACUAAACAAUUUUAUUUCAUUAAAAUCUGCGUAAUAAUUUUAUCAAAUAAUUACGAUAAUUGCAUCUACGUUUAAUGUUAUUGUUAUUAUUUUUUAUUGCAGUGAAGUGCAUAAUUCUGAACAGUUAAAUUAGAAAAUGCCGCACGAGGAGUUAUCUAAAAGUGAAUUAAAUUCAGAGGCAGUAGCUUUAGAGCAAAAAUGUGAACCAGAAUGUUGGUGUUUGAAUUCCACCAAUAUUAGAACUGCUCAUAUUGCUAGAAGUAAAUCAUUGAGUCAUAUAAAUGACACAUACACAACAGGAGAGAUAAGGAGAAUCCAGGAAAGGCUGCUAAGAACUAACUCUCAAAUCCACAGAUCUGUAUUGAAAAAUUUUAGUUCAACUCAGAAAGUAACAUUGAUUUCCUUAUCGUUCGUAAAUUUUAUGAGUUUCUGUUCAAUGUCUAUAAUGGCUCCUUUCUUUCCAAAAGAGGCAGCAGAGAAAGGACUCUCCGAUACACUUUCAGGAUUCGUUUUUAGUUUCUAUGCACUGGUUAUGUUUCUUACAUCGCCUUUGUUUGGAAAAAUUAUUCCAAGAGUUGGGGCCAAGUUUCUAUUUAUCUCAGGAAUUUUUGUAGCUGGAACUUGUAAUAUUCUUUUUGGCGCACUCGAAUAUGUUCAUGAUUACACUUCUUUCGUGGGACUGUGCUUCACAAUUCGGGGAUUUGAAGCUUUGGGAGCAAGUGCAUUCUCCACAGCCACCCAUGUAUUUGUAAUACGCUGUUUUCCCGAAUAUAUUAGCACCGUUUUGGGAAUCUUAGAAACAUUUGUUGGAUUAGGAAUGAGUGUAGGACCUGCUUUCGGUGGAUUUCUGUACUCGCUCGGUGGAUUCGAGAUGCCUUUUUUUGUUUUAGGGGUUGCCAUGAUUGCUGUAAUACCAUUGAACUUCUUUUUACUUCCCCCUAGCCAAGAUUUAAUCCUUAAUCCGAAAAAAGAAUCAAUGUGGAAACUAUUAAAAGCGCCCUCUGUUAUACUGACGUGUUGUGUUGUGGUUGUUGUUUCCAGUACAUGGGGCUUUUUGGAUCCCACUUUGGAACCCCAUUUACGCCAAUUUAAUUUACAACCAGAAAAGGUGGGACUGAUUUUCCUAAUGUUUUCCAGCAUUUACGCUAUAUUUAGUCCCAUAUGGGGAUGGCUGUGUGAUCGAUUUCAAGAUCACUGGUCUAUGAUGGUAUGGGGUCUGAUCCUGAAUACGAUAUCGUUGCUAUGUGUAGGACCUUGUCCCUUUCUUCCUUUUUUGGAAAGUUCUAUUUGGUUGAAUCUGCUUGCCCUUUCUGGAAUGGGAAUUUCGGUCGCGUUAGCCCUGCUUCCAACAUUUCAAUGCGUUCUAAAAGGGGCCUUAGCUUCCGGGUUUAGUGAAUCUUUAGCAACUUACAGCAUUGUGGCAGGAAUUUGGUCAAGUGUUUAUUCAUUGGGUGAAGUCGUGGGGCCCUCAGUGGGUGGAAUACUACUGCAGUAUUAUGGAUUCCCUACAGCUGCAACUGUCAUGGCAGCCAUGACCUUUUUAGUGUUAAUACCAACGUUAAUAUUUUGUGGUUGCCAAAAUGGUCGUAAUAAAAAUAACGAAAAUUUAUCGGACAGCGGAAUUAGCGCUUCAUGGAGAUCCGAAGACUCUGAACAAAGUCCUUUACUGGAGUCUACAUCGGAUGCGAAUCACAGAUUAUAUGUUCAAGAAAAGGUGAACAGUUACGAACAGAGUAGAAAAAUGGACUACAUGAUUGGCGAUUUAGAUCCUGACCAGCCCACUGAUUUCAGAGGAACGGUAACUGUUACCUCGAAAGGAGCAUGUGAAGCAUAAAAUUGUAUUAUACACAUGUAGAUAUAUUUUUUAUUUGUGUCCAUGUGUACUUUUUAAUA